AUGUCAUAUCGCGCAAGUAACCAUUGGAAUGGGUUUGGGGAUCAGGGUCCUGGACCUAGUCCUCUUGAUCAACAAGGCCUUAACGUCCUGACGAUUGCCAACUUUCAGUAUCUCCAAGGAGUGGCAUUGCGAGCCCGCCAACCUGGAGCAGAGCCUUGCAGUCCUGAUGUCCGCUGUACUAUUGACCCGAAAAAGUUUACGUAUGGCUCUCAUCAUGUCGUCAUAGAGGUGACCUUUUCAGACCAGGUAUAUUGGCUUGCGAGAAUACGACAUUCUCCAAUCGAAGACGCCCAGAGUGGAGGGCCGGCCAUGGACAUCUUAAGCGAAAUCGCAACAAUGAAGACGCUUAAAUCCCACACAAAGAUACCAGUCCCAUGUGUAUUUGCAUUUUCUACUUCAUCAGGAAAUGAAUUUGGGUUCCCAUACACCCUCACGGAAGCACUUCCAGGUCAAACUCUUGGAGGGUCAUUAGCAAAAACCAUCCCACCUCAUUUCCGGCCCAAAGUUGCAUCUCAGUUCGCCGAGAUAUUAUUUCAACUGGAAAAUCUGUCGUUUGAUACCCUUGGUCGAAUAUAUUGUGGUCAAAAUUGCGACCAGUCGCUUGAGAUUAUUCCUGUUGAUCCUGAAGCACGUCGGCAACCAUCAACAUCCCUCGAAUGGUUUUAUAAUGAAAGGCAACAGGAAAACAGGCUGGCCAUGGCCCAGCACGUUGGCGAUAAGCAAUGGAUAUCAGCUUGUUGGAUUCUCAAGGCUGCUAUAUCACAUAUAAUCGCCGAGGAUAGAGUCUAUGGCCCAUUUCCCCUGUGCCACCUUGACCUCCAUUACGGUAAUAUUCUUUUCGAUCAAGAGUACAACAUUACUGGUAUUGUUGACUGGGACCAAGCCCAGAUUGUUCCCCUAGAGCGCCUAGCUGUCUCUCCGGAAUUUAUCACUUUUCCUGGUCUAUCUCCCGAGGAAAAUCAAGAUAUAAUCGAUUUCAGGAAGGUUGUUGCUGCACAUUUACGUGAGCUGGAAUCCCCGAUUAGGACGUAUUCGGAGAACGACAUCUUCUUGUCUGAUAUUUUGGGAACGAAAGCAGCUGAAAUCACCCAUCGCUGUACAUACAGCUUUCCACACCGCGCACUCUUUGAUGCCCGAUUGGUAUCAGCAUUGAUGUAUGGCCCUGGUAUCUCAUGGGAGCAGUUAGUUGAUGCCUAUGGGCAGAUGGAACUUAGCUAG